AUGAGCACUUUCAAUUUCAACAGCAACAUCAACAACAACAACAUGUCUGCGCCACCGCAAGGUCGCGACAACAUCCAGGGCAUCACCAAGCCCGCCAUCCGCCGUCUCGCGCGCCGUGGCGGCGUCAAGCGCAUCUCGGGCUUGAUUUACGAAGAGACGCGCGGCGUGCUCAAGGUCUUCCUUGAGAACGUCAUCAAGGACUCAGUUACGUACACGGAGCACGCGCGCCGCAAGACGGUGACGGCCAUGGACGUCGUGUACGCACUCAAGCGCCAGGGCCGCACGUUGUACGGCUUUGGCGGCUAA